GCCUUAACUUUGACCACGGUUUCAGCUCUGACUAAGUUGUUUUGGUGUUUAUGUUAAGAAAAGUUGGAUCGUUUUUGUUGUUGAAUUAACUUAUAAAAUUUAUUAAGAUGCCUGAUUACUUAGGAGAUGAUAUGCGAAAAGGAAAGGAAGAUAAAGAGGAGAAAGAAAAAGACGUUAAAGCUCUGGAUGAAGGUGACAUUGCUCUCUUGAAAACUUAUGGUGUUGGCCAAUACAGUAAAGCUAUAAAACAAGUUGAAGAUGAUAUUCAAGGAAUUCUUAAAAAAGUGAAUGAGCUGACAGGUAUCAAAGAAUCUGACACGGGUCUUGCUCCUCCAGCACUUUGGGAUCUUGCUGCUGACAAACAAACCCUUCAAAAUGAGCAACCUUUGCAGGUUGCACGCUGCACCAAAAUUAUCACCACAGACUCUGAUGAUCCUAAAUAUAUCAUUAAUGUAAAACAAUUUGCAAAAUUUGUGGUUGAUCUUGCAGAUUCUGUUGCACCUACUGAUAUUGAAGAAGGAAUGAGAGUUGGAGUUGAUCGAAAUAAAUACCAAAUUCAUAUUCCUCUUCCACCUAAGAUAGAUCCUACUGUAACCAUGAUGCAGGUUGAAGAGAAGCCUGAUGUAACUUACAGUGACGUUGGUGGUUGUAAAGAACAAAUCGAAAAGUUGAGGGAAGUUGUUGAAACUCCUCUUCUCCAUCCAGAGAAAUUUGUUAACUUGGGUAUUGAGCCUCCCAAAGGAGUUUUACUCUUUGGACCACCUGGAACUGGAAAAACUCUUUGUGCUAGAGCUGUAGCUAAUAGAACUGAUGCUUGUUUCAUAAGAGUUAUUGGAUCUGAACUUGUACAAAAAUAUGUUGGAGAAGGUGCUCGAAUGGUUCGCGAGCUGUUUGAGAUGGCAAGGAAUAAAAAGGCCUGUCUAAUAUUUUUUGAUGAAAUAGAUGCAAUUGGAGGGGCGAGGUUCGAUGAUGGUGCUGGAGGUGAUAAUGAAGUUCAAAGAACAAUGUUAGAACUCAUUAACCAGUUGGAUGGUUUUGAUCCUCGAGGCAAUAUCAAGGUUUUGAUGGCUACUAAUAGACCUGAUAUUUUAGAUCCUGCUCUAAUGCGUCCUGGUAGAUUAGAUAGGAAGAUUGAGUUUGGCUUGCCUGAUCUAGAGGGUCGUACACACAUUUUUAGAAUCCAUGCCCGAUCAAUGAGUGUAGAAAGAGACAUUAGAUAUGAUCUGUUAGCUCGCUUAUGCCCAAACAGCACAGGUGCUGAAAUUCGUAGUGUUUGUACAGAAGCUGGAAUGUUUGCCAUUAGGGCAAGGCGUAAAAUUGCCACUGAAAAAGACUUUUUGGAAGCCAUUAACAAAGUUAUUAAAUCUUAUGCAAAAUUCAGUUCAACUCCACGUUAUAUGACUUAUAAUUAAAUUGUGUUUUCUGUGAUUUAUAAAUAUUUGCAUUCAUUAAUAAAAAUGCUCAUGUGGUUUAGUAA